GGGCCAUCAGUGCAUUGUGUCACCCAGGGAACACAACAAAAACGCAGAGGGGACGGCUUGUCGAGAAAAAGGCAAAAUGCGUCCAAUGUGUCUAAUGUGUCCACAGAUACAUGUACACAACCACCGUCAGCACUCAACCACACACGACAAGCGACCGCUCUAAUUACUACAUGCUGCUCUAGACACACAGACACGGUGAGAGACACCCCGCAAACAAAUCCCGCCCCCCUCUCCCCUCUCUCACUCACUGUCCCUUCUUAUUGGCUCUCGCCUCGGCCACCUCCCGAUUGACGUGAUGUGUGGCCUUCCAAUACACGACGAUCUGCAGCAGCAGCGUCCCAUUGAGGCAUAGCGCCGUCACGUGGCCCGUCAGCACAACCCAGUCGUCGAUCUGCGUCACCGUCGUGAACACUCUUGCCGCAUUGCCGGCCGCCUGCAUGCCCAUCGUCAGCAAAGACAGCUCCCCUGUGUGCCCCUGCCGCAGGUUCCGGACGAUCUGCGGCAGCCGCGACGCCACUGAGAUGGGUGUCGGGGCGAACCCCAGUAUCGGCAAAGCUGAGUGGGGAAACGGCCCCUGGAGCACAAACGUGAAGAAGGCGGCGAGGACACAGGUCAGGGAGCCGCGAAUGAGGUGGUGGCCGGGCUGGAAGGACCAGUAGAGCAGCACGAGCAGGAUGCACUGGAUGGUGACGAAGGCCGACUCGCCCCAGUUGCUGAUGGGAUAGCCCUCGAGCACGUUGUAGCAGCAGUAGAUGGCGUUGGCCAGCAGCUCGAUGAUAAAGGCCGCCUCCGACACCCCAUGCACAGACUGGCUCUUGAGGAUCCGCAGGAUCUGCGGCACCUUGACAAUCGUGGCACCGGCGAUGACGCCGAGGCUGAGGCAGUUGGCGACGAACUGCUUGGUGCAGUCGGUGUCCAGCUGCCCUGACAGCACCGUGUCCACGCAAUGCUGACUUGUGAGGCCGAAGAAGGGCUUCUGCAGAUCCAUAGCGACAGGUCACCCGCAGAAUUCAACAGCCGACAAUGCGCGUGAGGAAGAUGAGACUCCCUCCUUUCCCC